CUGUUCUCGACUUCCCCAUCCAUCGCAGAUCGCAGAUCGCUCCCAGCAGAAUGGGCAACGUGCAGGCGCAGGUGGGCCGUGUGGGAACCAUUGGCCGACGCAAUGUGGAAGUGGUCAAGUACCUUGGCGAAGGCGGGUCGUCCUUCAUCUUCCUCGUCAAGGACACGGGAACGUCGCAAUCGUUGGUGUUGAAGCGCCUCGUAGCCAACGAUGCGAUGAGCAUGGAACUGAUCACGAACGAAAUCGAGUUCCAUCGACGGUUCAAGUACCCGUCGAUCGUCGAGUUUGUAGACCAUCAAAUCCACAAGGGUCGCAGCGAAAGCGAAGUGUUCCUUCUCAUGGAGUUCUGUCCCGGUGGCCACUUGUACGACAACAUGAAAAAGAUGGGCGACAAGCGCUUCUCCGUCGAAGAACUCGCGAAAACCUUCCGCGCGCUUUGUGUACCGGUGCAAUACCUCCAUCGACAAGAACCCCCCGUGGCGCACCGCGACAUCAAGCUAGAAAACUUCCUCAAGUCCAAGUCCGGCGCGUACAAACUGUGCGAUUUCGGAUCAUGCGUCGAAGGUCCUCGCCACCUCACGACCAAGGAAGACCGCCGUACGGAGAUCGAUAUCGUGGAGAAGCGCACGACUGCCAUGUAUCGCAGCCCCGAGCUCGCCGACAUUGAAGGCACGGCGAUGUUUGGCAACGCCGUGUUGACCGAGGCCGUGGACAUUUGGGCGUUGGGCUGUGUGCUGUACACGAUGGCGUUUUUCAAGCCGCCAUUUCCCCCCGAAGGGCUGCGCACGUCCAAAUACUCGAUCCCCACGGGCCAUGGCUAUGGGAAGGACGUGCCGGAGCUUCUCAAGCGCAUGCUCUGCGAAGACGUCGACGAGCGCGCCAACAUUGACGAGGUGCUGGCCUGCUGUGACGCCGUUCUGGCCUCCCAGCCUCUGCCGAAGCGGGGCAGCGUGGCCAAAUCGACGUCGCGCCCAGGGUCUGGCAGCAAUUCUCGUACGAAUUCGGCCGACAAGGCGGCGUUGGUGGGGAAUGUGGAUGGGGAUUUGUCCCCAUCAAGUGCUGCGAUGGAUUUGCUGGCUGCCGCGGCACCCGCCCCCGUGACGCCCCAUUCAGGCGGUGGGUUUGCAGACUUUGCGGAUUUUGGGAAAUGCACCGUGUCAACACCCGCAUUUGAUCCGUUUGCACCUACGACGCCUUCCCCAAUCCCGGCGACUCCAUUGGGAUUGACUGGGAAUAAUCCCACCGCCAAAGUCGUCGACUCGUUUGGGUUCCUUGUGAGCCCGACCAAUGCUACUGUUGCUGGACGAGGGAAACAAUCCGAAGGGCGCGAUGGCUUUCAAGCGUUUGAAGACUGUUCCCCAAAAGCUCCGACCUGGGCCCAAGGAUCCUACGGGAAUUUUCCCCAGCAAGUAGGAGCAGGCUUUCCUCAACAAGGGGGGUAUCCGCAAGGCACCAACAGCUAUCCCCCACAAGGCAACUUUCCCCCACAAGGCAACUUUCCCCCACAAGGCAACUUUCCUCAACAGGGAAAUUAUCCACCACAAGGCAAUUUUCCCCAACAAGGCAAUCUCCCCCAACAGGGAAUUUUCCCCCAACAAGGCAACUUCCCCCAAGGCAGUGGCUUUCCCUCUCAAGGGUUUCCAACUGGUGGGGGUGGGGCAUUUUCCCAAGGGAACGGCGGGGCUAGUUUGCCCUUGUCCCCCAUGGGUUUGCACAACCUGCAGUCGCCUCCCCCGUCGGCCAACAACCCAAGCUGGAAAAGCUCGUACGAGUUUAAGUUUUAACAAAUCCAUCAUAUCAUAGUACAACCAGUCUGAUGAUAUCUUGCUUCAAAACGUGCUAACUCGAUCAAACAAGAUGGCCC